AUGGCAGCCACACUACCCAGACGGGUACGCCCGACCAUAGACCAAGGCCAGGAGCGUCUUAUCUAUUCAAACACUUCCCUUCUGCACGGUCGCCCCCCAGUCAUUAAAUCUAGAGCGCAGCUAAGUCUUGAGGAAAAUUUACAGACAAAUGCCUCCCAGAGUCAAGCGGCCGCUCGGCCUGCUCAGAUAUCCAACCCAAAAUUCCGUGAAACACGGCCACGUCUUCUAUUAAUGGGCCUACGAAGAAGCGGAAAGUCCUCUAUUCAGAGUGUUGUAUUUCACAAAAUGCCACCGACAGAGACUCUUUUCUUAGAAUCUACAACACGUAUCCAAAAGGACGCAAUUCACUCCUUUAUGGAUUUUCAAAUCUGGGAUUUCCCUGGGCAAUUAGAGUAUCUAGAGCCGUCAUUUGAUCAAGAGGAGUUAUUUAGUAAUCUGGGGGCCCUGGUUUGGGUGAUUGAUGCCCAGGACGAUUACCUGGAAGCUGUCACUCGGUUGAACAAAACCAUACUUAUGAUCCAGCAGUACUACCCGCACAUAAACAUUGAAGUCUUCAUCCACAAAGUAGAUGGGCUCUCGGAAGAAUACCGCUCUGAUACUUUUCAAGACAUCGUCCAACGCAUCUCUGACGAGCUAAGUGAUGCUGGCUACGAAAAUGCACCAAUACAUUACUAUCUAACAUCAAUAUACGAUUAUUCCGUUUUUGAGGCCUUCAGCAAGGUGAUUCAAAAGCUGAUUCCUCAGUUAUCAACGCUGGAGAACCUCAUCAAUAUCCUCUCAAACAACUCCGGCAUGGAGAAAACUUAUUUGUUCGACGUCCUUAGCAAGAUAUACAUUGCCUCUGACACAAGGCCAGUAGACAUGGCAUGCUACGAGAUGUGCUCCGACUACAUUGACGUUAUUGUCGAUAUCAGCGAGCUAUACUCCUGGGACCACCCUGACCGAAAGGCUAAGGGGCCUCAAGUAUCAGAAGCCGAAAGCCAUGUUAUCCUUCACGAUAAAUGCAUGAUCCAUUUAAUGGAAAUGAACAAAUAUCUGUGCCUUGUUUCCGUGAUCAAGAACCCGGACGCAAAAGAGAAGAAAGGGCUCAUCGACAUGAAUUGCCGGACCUUUCAAGAUGCGCUCAACGAGGUGUUUAGUAGGACAUGGGACCAUGAGUAA